GUUUGAAAUCUAUUUAUAGCAUGUACGAGUCAUACAGGUGUGUUUGACUGUAUGACAGUAUCGGUAAAAUUUACCUGUGCCCCGCUUUAGUGGAGUAUUACCUUUGACUUUAUUAUUGGAUUUGAUCGGCGGGGGACAUAUUUUCAAAUUGGAUUAUAAUAUAUUGUGUGAAUUGUUUUUCGCUAAAAUGUGACGAGUGUUUGUAUAGAUGGAUCUAUAAUUUUAAAUUCGGUGCAUACUGAUUAUUUACCGUAUAAGGUAUAAAAGUAUAUGAAGACUUUUGUUUUGAUUGGAGGUAUUUCAAAUUCCAAUAUGGCGGCCUCGUCAGGUAAAAAGAGGCAUAAAAGCACGGGAUAUAUUGUGUUGUUUAUAUGUUUUCUGUAUAAUUUAGUGCCAUACUGUGACACUUUUAGUCUUAUUGGAGACAAAAUGACCAUAAAGAUACCACAUACUGCUGAACAGGGAUUUCCUGUCCUAAAAACUGACAUACCCGAAUCUUGUAUGGAAGUUGAUCAUAUUCAACGUUCAAUAUCUGACAGUAAUAAACGGCCGUGUAAUCCAUUUACCAUUCUUAAAGACGGCAGUAUUGUUAUUAAGAGAUCUGUACAUGACUUUAUAGGGGAUUUGUUUGUAGUAAAACCCAAAUGCGAGGAAUACGCAUCUGUCUCAGCCAAUAUAGACAUUCUGUUUGUUGAAGUCAUACAUUCAGACAUGAGUUUAAGUUUUACAAAAACCCAUUACACAGGUUUGAUCAAAGAAAAUUCCCCUGUCGGUACAAAAGUGGAAGGAAUAUCUAAUCUAUAUGCAUGUUCUGUAACUGUCUGUAACAACAAUUUAGAAUACAAAAUUGUUGGUUCUAAUGAUUUUUACCUAGAGACAAUAUCUUCAGAAGGUCACAUCCAACUUGAAAUAUACAAUAAAAAUCCACUCCAAACAUUUCUGUACAGUUUUAUUAUAGUUGCUCAAAACGCAGAUGGUUUGCAGGGCCGUGCUAGUAUUAAGGUUAAGGUCACGCCGGGUUCAAGCGCUGUCUCUUUGCUUUCUGAUGACGUCUUGUAUUUUUCUUCUGCCUCUGGUCACAGACACAAACGCGCCACUACAGAGACGCUGGCCAAACAGCAAGUGCCUGAAACGUCCACCGGGGUGCUGUUCACACUUCCUGAUGUAAACAACGAUUGGAAAUACACAUUGUCCAGUUCUACUUACCAGAAUGCCUUCACUGUGUCAGAAACAGGCGUGGUUUCAGUGGCACCGGGUUUCAAACUUGAUUUCGAGACUGUCGGUUCGGCUGAGCAGACUCUUACCAUCAAUGUUCUUCUAAAGACAGACGACUCACUUGUGAAAGAGCUGAUACAACCCAUUGAGAUACUUGAUGUAAAUGAUGAACCUCCGGUGUUUACAAACAUACCAACACCGUUCCUUGCUGCGGUCAGUCUGACAGCUCCAACCGGCACUAUUGUAUACAGUCUAACAGCAUCCGACCCAGAUGCUGAUGCCCAGCUUAGUCUUGAAGUGUCAACGGCAACAAGUUCAGAUGCUGUCAACUAUUUUAAUGCACAGAUACAAGGUAAUGUAGCAACUAUAACAAGGAUUGGUAGUCAGCCAUUUACAGAAAAUCAAGAAUUCAAAUACGUUUUUAUAGCGACAGACAAUGCUGCGCCAAGUGGUACUACACAGAGGAAAACGGCGGAAGUUGAGAUACUUGCCGGUUCGAGAAAACCACAAUUUAUGAAGAACUCGUAUGCAAUUGAUUUUGAGGAAAGAAAUCAAGUUAAUCAAGUGAUAGGGACAGUUGAAGUGUACUCAUUCCAACAAAAUGCUGUUAUAUUUUCUGUUCUCGAUGCAAACUUGCAGACGUCGGCUAUAUUUGGUGCAACAUCAAUCACAGGCACCACUGGCCGUGUUAAGGGUUGUCAUAUUAUUGUUAAAAGGGUCAUGGAUUAUGAAACACCACCUCGAUCAUUUAACGUAACAAUACGAGCAACUGAAGACCAAACGGGCUUGUACAACGAUCAAAGCGCUGAAAUCAGAGUAACAGAUAAUAAUGAAUUCACCCCAAGAUUCAGUGUAUCUACAUACAGGAGAGAAAAUACAUUAGAAAACAUAGAAAUUGGCAGGUCUCUAAUAAGAGUAACUGCCUCUGAUGAAGAUUAUAACACGAAACUCACGUUUUCUGUGGAUAAUGAUCACUUCCGUGUGCAAGCAGAUAACCCAUCUAGUACCCAGAUGCCUCAGACAGCUACGAUAUAUGUAAACAAGAAACUUGAUUACGACAGAAUUAGCCCGAAGAAUUACGACUUUAAUGUCAAGGUCACGGAUGACGGAGAGAUACCAAAAACUAUGGAAGCUACUGUGAGAAUAUUUAUGACAAACCUAAACGAUGAACCACCAGUGUUCCCGGAUCCUAUGAAUGCUGAUAUAAGAUAUGAUAGUCAAGUUGCAGACAACGUUUACAUUGUACAAGCUACAGAUGCCGAUCAAGGGGACAAAGUGUCAUAUGCCUUUGUUGAAACCUACAACAAUUUCCAACUAGAAGCAUCCACAGGACGUAUCACAUUGAAACAGGUUAUCCCCCCUAAUACAGAAAGUUACACACUUCUUGUGAGAGCUACGGAUGAUGGUGAAUGUUGUGGUGGGGUUACUAGAUUAACUAGUACUGGAACAGUUAAUGUUAACAUUCUGACUGACAACCUGUAUAGACCAGAGUUUAGAGACUGUUUAACUUACAACCCACAAGUAUUGGAGGAAGAAGCCAAUGCCUUUGUCAUUACGAUUACAGCAACAGAUGAUGACAUUGGUUCUAAUGGGAGAGUGAGGUAUUCAAUUCGUGAAUCAAACUCUCGGUUCAGAAUCAACAGCACUACUGGACAGUUAUUCACAUCUGAGAAAAUUGAUCGUGAGGCGCUUGGAGUCAGUAAAACAGUACCUGUGAAUGUCAUAGCAACGGAUGGUGGAAAUUUGCAGGGAACCUGUUCUCUUCUUGUGGAAAUCUUGGACAUCAAUGAUAACCCACCUGUAUUUGUUACUAAUUCGUACGAUUUAACAGUGGAGAAAUCUUUAGCACCAGGUGCAGUUGCAGCACUUGUAGAGGCUACAGAUGCAGACAGCAGGAAAAAUGGGGAAGUCCAGUACUCGUUCACGUCCGAUGGAAACCUUGGCGGUUAUUUUAGAUUAGAUGAACCAUCUUACACUGGACAAAUUAAACUGAACAAAUCCUUACAACAAGUUGACCAAGAUACAGUCAUUACUCUGAAAGUUGAAGCUCGAGAUGGAGGAACACCUUCCCUCUCUGCAAACGUCACCGUUACAAUCACUGUCACCUCAGAUCCGUCACAACUUCCCCCAAUCUGGUAUGGGGCACCUUACACAGUUACUGUCAACGAAUCCAUUUUGAGCUCAUUCAAUAUUUUGACAUUCACCGCUCAGGCUAGAGGGCAAAGUAACCCAAAGAUUUCUUUUAAAGUUGUGGAUCAAAACAGUAUAUUUAGAACUGUGUCAGCAUCAGGCUCCACUGAAACAAAUCAAACUGGAUACCUGCGACUACGACCUGGAAACACUUUAGACUUUGAAACAACAGAAUCCUACUCCCUGACACUGAGAGCUUCUGAUGUGAGCAGUAUAUAUUCGGACAAACGUGUGACAAUCACUGUCACUGACACAAACGAUAACAUUCCGAUGUUUGUGGGUACCAAUCCAGAAACCGGCUUUCUGGAUUUAAGUCUUCUUGAAGGAGACUAUACACAGACAAGAAAAGAAGUUGGUCAGAUUCGAGCAAUUGAUAACGACAGAAACCCUCCAAAUAAUAGGAUUGUAGGAUAUCGUAUUGUCAGUCCAAAUCCUCUGUUCACAAUAGACAGCGAUAAUGGUAUGGUGUAUACACAACAAGAAUUUGAUCGUGAAGACCCCAACUAUAUAUUUACUAUUGAGGUGGAAGCCAUUGACGGGGCCCCGUCUGCAUUUCCAGAAUUGAAUAACAACCCUAACACAGGUGUGGUCACUGUGAAAAUAACUAUCGAAGAUGUUAAUGAUAAUCCCCCGUCAUUCCCGCAGAAUAGUUAUACCUUUGAAGUACCGGAAGAUCUACCUAUUGGUGACCGACUUCCAAACAAUGCCAAGGUUACAGCCACAGACCCGGAUUCUGCUGCUGUGUUGACGUAUUCUGUUAGUCCAUUACCAUCAUCAAAUCUACCGCCACCUUUCUCAAUACAAGCACAAACAGGACAUUUGACUGUGGCUGGAUCACUAGACUUUGACAAAGGACCUACGUUUCAACAAUACGAGUUUAUUGUAAACGUGUUUGACUCGAUUUAUUCAAGCACUACCACUGUCACUAUACAUGUUACAAAUGUCAAUGACAACUCACCUGUGGUUGGAAACUACAAUUUUGUCGACUUUACAGAAGAAGAUCCUUCUGUAAUUGGUCCCAUUGCCACAGUAAAUGCCACCGAUGUAGAUGGUGAUAUAGAUGGAGAUGGAUUUGUACGAUUCUGGUAUGAAUUGAAGUUUACAGACGAGAAAGACAAACAAUAUUUUGCGAUCGAUAGAUCCUCCGGAGUUUUGUCGAUAAUAAAGGCUCUUGACCGAGACCUGCCAAAUGGUAAUGCUGAAUUUAUAUUUACGGUAGAAGUUGCUGAUGAGGACCCGGAUAACCCGUCAAACACGCCACGUUACGGUUUCGGAGAAGUUGUAGUGAAACCUAUUGAUAUAAAUGACAAUGCUCCAAUGUUCCCGCCUGAUGCUCUACAAAUGACUGUCAUGGAAAAUCAACUUGCAGAUACCUUUGUUGGUAGAGUGGAAGUUAUUGACUAUGAUGAAGGUUUGAAUGCUGAGUAUGAUUUAGAAAUCCGAAUGCAGACACCAGACCCCAUGGUGAGACUACAAGGACUUGAUCUGAAAACAACAAAAGAACUUGAUCGAGAGACUAUUGAUAAAUACUUUAUUACAAUGCAAGCAAGAGAUAGAGGUCCUGGGAAUAAUGUUGGUACGGCAACUGUAACUAUCACCGUUGGAGAUCAGAAUGAUAACGAACCAUUCUUCAACCAAUCAUACUCCUUCAUGCUGUCAGAACAUCAGACGUCUGGUGAAUUUGGCAGGAUUAAAGCCUAUGACAAAGAUAUUGGACCAAAUGCAGUCCUCACAUAUACACUGUCAAACAAAGAUACGGUGUAUUUUAGAAUGGACAAGGAUGAAGCUCAGAAUGAAGGGGUUCUCAAAGUGUACCAGGCGGUAGACUAUGAUGACCUUAAUAACUUGCAGCGCAACUUUAAUCUAACUGCAUAUGCCGUGGAUCCAGAUCCGGGAAUCAACAAUGAAAAGAGGGCGCAGACGUAUAUUGAAGUUAUUGUGACCGAUUACAAUGACGAAGUCCCGACAUUUCAGAAUCCUAAACAGCAGACAUCGGUGGCAGAAGAUGCUGGCAUUGGAACAUCUUUGGCAAGAUUCACAGCAACUGACCGGGAUGUUGAUGAAAACUACAAGAAGUUUGAGUAUUACAUUUCACGUAAAGCUGACUCCGAUCCUACUAGAAGGUUUACUAUUGACCAGGAUGGACUCGUAUCAAUCUUAAAUCCCCUUGACAGAGAAACUGUUGCCGUUCACACAGUGAAAAUCCUCGCCAUAGAUAAUAUUGCAGGAUCACCACAGAAUACAGGAACAGCAACUCUAACAGUCACUGUGACAGACAUUAACGAUAACUGUCCCGACUUUGCCCAAGAUUAUUCGAAGACUGUUUCCAUAAUGGAAAAUCAAGAAUUUAACAAUGAUGAAUUGGUGAUACUUUCUGCAAAAGACGCAGAUGAAGACAGCAACAGUGGACCGUAUUCUUAUGAACUGAGAUGUCCCAAUAAUGAUCCAAGAUGUGCUCAGUUCAGAUUGGAGUCUGAUUCUACUGGAGAUAAUAGUCAAGGUACAGCAAAAAUAUAUGUGACUGGAUCAUUUGACAGGGAAGAUGAGCGUGGAGGGAAGACAGUUACCUUGCCUAUCUAUAUGUGUGAUGUGGCUAAUACAGGGCGUGCAGAUCAGCAAUGUUGUAUCCGGUACCUACACGUAACCAUACAGGACAAAAACGAUAAUAAACAUGAAGACGGGUACCAAAACAUCAUUGUGUACAACUAUAAAGGUUUGUUUGGUGACAUUGUGAUUGGGACAGUUAAUGCCAAUGAUCCUGAUGACAUGGACACUGAUAAAACAUUUACACUUCUCAACGAACAAGUCGCAGGAUACUUUGUCUCAAUCGGUGAGACAACAGGAGAGAUUAUACUGAAACCAAAGGUUCCUGAAAUGACGUUUGAUGUCAUGGUUAAAGUACAAGAUCAAACUGGCCGAUCCAGAACAUCAACAGUGAAGAUUCAUGUUGUAUACAUUAGUGAAGAUGCUGUGUUUAAUUCUGGCUCUAUAAGAAUAAAUGGAAUCAGCCCAGAAGAUUUUAUAUACAAGCCUCCAUUUGACUCGAAGAAAGGGGCACAAGCGUCGGUAUUUCAACAAAGUAUGCUGGAAAAAUUCCAGGAAAAACUGGCGGAGAAAUUAUAUGGUCCAAACCAGAAUGAUAUAAGACAAAACCUACACAAUGUACAGAUAGUGAGUGUAAUGGGUGAUGACACACAUACGGACGUACGAUUUGCAGCCCACGGGUCACCAUAUUAUCAAAGCAGCCGCCUUGACGGGCUUGUUACUGCUGAUAAAGCUGAGUUUGAAAAUCUGCUAACCACACAGGGUGUGGAUAACACAGGAACAAUUGAAAUGGUGCCAAUAGAUAAGUGUCAGUUUGAAACUUGUGAAGGUGGAUGUUUCAAUAAACUGGAAGUGAAAGAAAAUCCGAAAAUGUACAAUACUAAAGGUGCUUCCUAUGUUGGCGUGGAAACAGAUGUAAUUGGCACUUGUGGUUGCCGGGCAGCUACUUUCUCACCAACAAUUGAAUGUACUCCAGGUUAUUGUUACCAUGGUGGAAUUUGUAGCAAAAAUGACUGGGGUGUAGUGAGCUGUGACUGUCCAGAUGGAUUUGAAGGUCCAAGAUGUCAGAAACUUCGUCAGAGUUUUGAUGGUACAGGUUACGCGUUGUACAAACAGCUAGAACAGUGUGAGGAGAGUAGAACAAGCAUUGAAUUCAUGACAAAGAAAGCGACAGCCAUUAUUCUAUACAACGGUCCCGUGGCUGAGCUCGAGCCAGUUGAUCCAACAGAUUUUCUAUUGGUGGAACUGGUAAAUGGAAAACCUAGGUUAAGAAUUAACCAUGGCACAGGUGAAAUAAUGAUGGAGAUUACAGAUGGGAAAAGUCUUAGUGAUGGAGCAUGGCAUCGUAUUGAUGUAUUCAGGGAUAAGAAGAAUGUACGUAUGGUGGUGGACCAUUGUGUUGACAGUUCAAGGCAAGAUAGACUAGACUGUGAGGUUACAGGGGUCACAAGAGGUGAAAAUAUCUACAUAAAUGUUGUCGAUGUUCUUCAACUUGGAGGUAGAAUGAGUAACCCAUCAUACCCUGCCAAUGUUCUUACAGAGAAGUUUGAUGGAUGCAUGAGGAAUCUUAUUCACAAUAAAGAGGUAUAUGACUUAAGCACAGGUGGACAAUUUCCAGGAACCAAAGAUGGUUGUGACAUUGAGGACGAUGCCUGUCCUGAUGGCUGUGGGCAGGGUCAGUGUUCUGUGACGGGUGUGACAUCAAAUGGGAGACUUGAAGCAACUUGUGUCUGCAACCCAGGCUAUAAAAAGGCAACAUUUGAUGGCAUUUGUAAUACAAAUACAACACAAACAUUGUUCAAGAUGCAGAGUUACAUGGAUUGGGAAAUUUUGAAUACCUUUAAAAAGAUUUUAAACUCACGCAAAAUGGCCGUAACCUUUCAGUUCCGGACAAGAGACACUGAAGGCCUUAUGUUUUAUGUUUCCCAUGACAAUGAUCCAAAUAAAUACAUUCUGUUCAAGAUUGUAGGAGGAAAAUUACAAGUGUCGUACAACUUGGGUGACGAUGCUUAUGACAUUAUUCUCUCAAAUGUUCCAACUGUUGCCGACGGUUACUGGCAUGUAGUAACUCUAGAACGCUUUGGAAAGGAAUUCAUUUUGAAGAUGGAUAGUGGCGAGGGACGGUAUUAUACUGAAACUUUGGGUCCAGUAAAUGGGGUAGUUGAUUUCUAUGUCAGGCAAGAUCAGAUAUAUGGAGGAGCUAGUGUGUCGUACACAUCGGGCAAAGCAGAAUUUGUAGGCGAGGAUUUUGAAAACUCAUGUUUAAAUGAUGUUCGAUAUGACAACAACUGGUUUCCAAUGCAGCCCAAUGAAUCAAAUCAAAGCCAGGCUGCUACAAUUAAAUCUUAUGCUAACAUUGAAAGAGGUUGCAACAGAAACCUUUGCACUGACACUGUUUGUUCUGAUCCUUUUAUUUGCAAGGACCUGUGGGGUGACUUCAGCUGUGUAUGCCCGGAGUAUUACAUAAAGAGUGGGUCUACGUGUGUACCCAUAGAUUAUUGUGUGGAUGGUCCGUGUUUUGGAAGUGCAGUCUGCUCUAUUAAUGUACCACCUGGAGCAAACGAAGAACCGUUUAAGUGUAUAUGUUCAGGAGCCUGGUAUGGACCUCUGUGUCAAUGUCAUCCGGACAUUAACCCUGGUGGUGAUGCAUGUGUCAGAGAGACUGAAGAAGAACCUGUAGUUGGGGUAGCAUCUGGAAUGAUUGUUGGAAUAGUUCUUGGAGUACUAGUCCUAAUAGCUGCCAUUAUAAUCAUUGCAUAUCUGCUAUUUUUUCGACGGAAGCCGGCUGAGAAAGAACCGUUUGAUGAGGAUAUGGAUGAUGAUAUCAGAGAAAAUAUUAUGUAUUAUGAUGAAGAAGGAGCAGGUGAAGAGGACCAUACUCAAUAUGACCUAAGCCGACUUCGUAAGCCAGACACUGGAGAACAUCCUUUCGAUGCUCCGGAUAUACGUAAACAAAACGUUAAACCCUUGAGUUCCUCAGCGGACAGACCAGAAGUCGGUGACUUUAUUCACAACCGGUUGAACGAUGCAGAUGAUGAUCCGAACUCCCCGCCAUAUGAUACACCACAUGACUUUAACUUUGAAGGCGGAAGCAGCGAUGCCGGUUCAUUGAGUUCACUAAAUACGUCAAGUUCAGGAAGUCAGGACUACGACUAUCUAAACGAGUGGGGACCGAAGUUUGCUAAAUUGGCGGACAUGUACAAUAAUUAUGAUGAUGCAGAAUAGAUGUUGAUAAGAAUGCUUGAAAGAAUUUUGGAAAAAAAAAAGCUGGUGACUUUCUUUAAUUUAUGUGCUGCUAGAAAAUAUUUUUAUAUAGAUUUCUAUUGGUCUGAUAUAAUCAGAUUUCUAUGUUAUGUGACAUAAUGUGACAUAACUCUUGGUGCAUUUUGCAUUGAUAAGUUGGAUCACCUCCCCUUUGUAAUGAAUGUAUUAAUUUGUAUUUCAUCCCAAAGAUAAAUAUCUUGAGCAUCCAAUAAAAGUAAAUCCAAAGAAACUGCAAGUAUACUAAAUUCCUUCAACAAAUUGUGAACUUGUGCAUCAAUGCUUUACAGCUGUAUUUGUCAUCAGAUGUUAUUUCUGUAGAAAGAUGAAUUUAUAAAGUAAACAUUUAAUCUGGUGCAAUGUAUUCAGUGCUUUUUUGUAAAGUUUCAAGGAUCUCUAACAAGAAGUUUGGUUGUGAGAUGUAAUAUUGCCAUAUCAGGCACACCCUCUUUUGUGGUGCCAAAUUUAAAUCAAUGAAAAAGUAUUUUUCAUCAUUAUUACAUUGUAUUAAUAAACAAUAUUAUGCACAACAUUUUAUAAUAUAUGCAGAAAAGUUUCAGACUUAAUUUGUAUUAUGCUAAUUAGAUAGUAGAAUUAUUGUCGGCUUUUAUCAGUGAUGAGCGUUUUUUUUUUUUUUGUAUUCACUUUUUGAUAUAAAUUUGUUUCUAAGGUAACUAAAAAUGUUUUUCUAAAAGACAAAUGUCAACACAUUUAGUUGUUUUCAACUGAAAAAGUUGAAAUUAUAUUUAUAAGACAAAUUUAAGAAAGAUUUUUUCUAUGCCAAGUCAGUUAACCAGUUACUAAAUUACAGUUUGGUAAAUGUAAACAGAGCAUUUGUGAGUGUAAUUGUAAUUUAAUUGAACUAUUGUCAAUGAAAUUGUAAUUAAUUAAAUUGAACAUUUUGUCAGUAAAUUGAUAACUUGUGAAUUAAUUUGUAAUAAAAAUGAACACUUGUUAAUGCAGUUUUAAUUAAAUUAAACACUUGGUAAUAGUAAUUGUAGGUAACUGAUCACUUGUGAAUGCAAUUGUGAAUAAAAAGAACACCUGUAAAUGUAAUUUAAGCAAAUUGUAAUUAAGAAAUUAAAUUUUUAAUGAUAUUGGCAUAUAUAUAGGUUUGAAUAGUGCUGUGUGACAGUGAUUGAUAAGGAACCUAUGUAAUACGUUUCAUUUACAUUUUAAUAAUUUCAUUUGCUUUUUUUAAAGUUUUACAAUAACACAUAUCAGCAUUUGCCUACGCAAAUCUUAAUUGUCUAUCCAUUCAUUUUGUAUUUGGUUGUUUGUUCAUUAUUUUAGUGUUUAUUUUUCUUUCUUUUUUUUUCUUUUCAUUUUUGUAACAUAAUUUAUGCAUUGCAUUCCAAAACAUUCCACAUUUUAAUAUAAAACUAUUGUAAAUAAAACAUCAUUUUCCUGUAUCUAGAGUUGUUUUUCUCCACUUUUUCGUGAAGAUUUUGUUGUUUUGUUUUCAUAUCAUGCAUUGAUAAUUACCGAUGAAAUUUGUGAUAUACCGGUACAUUGCUAGUAGUUGGGUGGAUACUUAUUAACAUUUAACAACAAUAUUGAAAGUUGAAAAUAUUUUCUUUUUCACAUCUUAAAGGUUACUGUAGACGUCCAGCUUUAUUUGUCAUCCAAUGAAAACGCUGUAUUUCUUAAAAAUUGUGUGUUAAUUUUCAUAGAAGAACACAAGUCAAUACAACAUUGUAUAUAAAAGUCCAUUUAUAGUCGCCUUCUAUUUUUCAUAAUGCUUCAUAGAACUGCGUUCCUAAAAAUAUACAGGUAGUGAUGUAAAAAAGUUAAUACCUAUUAAUGAAGCCAAAUAAAGCUUGGCACUAAGUAUGUUAGUAUUCUUCCGUAGCUGUUCUACAGGAAUUAUAAACAUUUCCCCAUCUGUCGCUUCGGGCGAAUUUUAUAAUUUCUGUAGAACAGCAUGGAUGAACAUAAACAUAUACUUAGUUUGUAGGACUGUCAUAUUUACACCUGUGAUUACUGUUCUGAUGAAUAAAGACAAUGUAAAUAUAACAGCUGUAUGUGUCAAAUAUUUUAUUUUAGUAGUUUGAUGAAUAUAGGCUUAUGUUUCUUUUGCAUUUGUUCGUUUCUCUUGAAAUUGCAUACUAGAUUUAUAAACUAGUUACCUUAGAAAUUAGGAAAACAUUUAUAAAAGAUUUUGUAUAUUUUUUUUUACUAUUGUUUGUUAAUUUGUGAAACUAAAAGUCUGAUUUUAAUAUUUUAUUACUUCUACUGUAAGGAAAGAAAAGAGUUUAAAUCAUUAUCUAACAUGAUCUGUUCAAUGAACUUUCCUCAUUUGACCUUGGGAAAGCCCAUUGAUAGUUCAAACGGUAUCAAGAACAGAAUACAAAUCUUGACAAUUUCAACAGUAGAGACUAUUGUUAAAUUGCUUUAAAUCUUGAAACUUUAAUAACGGCAUAGUUCCUUUAAUAUAGCUCCUUCAAUUUAAACAUGACCAAAAAUUUGUGAAAUAGUAUCUAUACAGUCCAAUAUAAUGAUAAUAAUAAAGAACCAUUAAAAAUAGCAUUUUUAGAAGUUGUUCUUUGUGAACAAUUAAGACUUGAUAUAGUGAAACUGAUUUAAAAGUUAGUACAAAUAUAGAUUUUUCUUCCGGUUUGUCAUUAAGGAGAAUAAUCAUAAAGCCUUUUUGGCUAUAAACAUGAGACAUUGUAUUAUAUUUCGGUUAUUGUAAUCAUCUUUCUCGUAGAAGUACUUAAUUAGAUAUUCUGAAAAAUCCAAACUUGCAUGAUUGUUUUUGUCCGUCUAACUACAUGUAACAUUCCAUUCACAAUAUAAUAUCUAAGGGAAAGGCACUCCAGAAAAAAUUAAGUAAAAUAUGGAGUAAACUUUACGUAAUAAAUUGUAUACAUUCAGCAUCAAAGGAUAUUAUAAAAGAUUUAUGACAAAAUAUACAUUGCUAAUUCAUUAUUUUUACAAAGCAAGUAGGUGUCAUCAUGUUUGUGUAUUGAAGUGAAUGCCAAGUCAUAUACCCACAUUCAGGUUAUCGAUAAAUAUCAGAAGUGGCAUCAUACAUUGAUAGCAUAAAAUUAUGUAUAUAUCAUAAAAUUAUGUAUGUAUCAAAUUACAUGUAAAACAUCCACUUUAGCAUUUGUGGUUGUUGUUUUUUCUAUUUUUUUGCCUUCAGGUUUCAUGAAGGCAAUGUUAUUUUAUUUAAUUAUGUGUAAACAUUUAAUUAAAUCUAAUAAAGUUAAGUAAAGCUAGUCUAUCUUCUGACAAGUAAUAAGUUCAUGCAGCGUGUAACUUAAUUUAAUUAUAUGUAUAAGGCUUCCAUUGCCAAGUGGCUUAGGUUGCUGACCCUCACAGCUGUGGGAUCAACUCCCAUGUGGGACUUUGGAAUUUUAUUUGCAUGUGAGGAAUCCUAGUCCAGGGAGCUUAAAGAAAGCUGUUGCUACUCAGGUUGUCCGCUCAUGCCUGAAAUAAUGCACAAAUUAAAGGGACACCCACAGUCUAUCUCCACUAGUAAGGUUGGAAACUCCCCUAUGACCUAUACAGUGUAAUUGUGACUUAAAACAUAACAGCCAUUAAUGAGGUGAUCAUAGUACCUGUUAUGGAGCAAAGUGAAAGUCUGUGUUACUCUAAUCUGUAUCAUAAACUUUACUGUUAUUAAGGUGAGGUGCUUCUGACAAUUUCACACAUAAUGAUCAAAUAUUCAACUGAUAAGCAGAAAAAUGUGUACUUCUAAUAUAUAUCCAGAUAAAAAGGAAAAACUUUAUUUUUUCAUGCCAAGACAAGUUUUUUUUUUACACAACCCCACACAUCCAAAACAAAACACAACAAACACUGGCCGUUCAUCAUAGCACUGCCAUAUCAUUUUUUUUCAUUCUUUUGGUUUAUUAGAUAAUAUUACACCUUUUUUUCUGUGAAAAUGUUAAGGCUGUCUUUGUUAACUGUGAUAUGUACAUUAGUUAACACCAUUGUUUAUCUUACAUUUUUAAUUGAAGGUAGAAGUAAUGUGUAUGCUAGUGUUUUAUAGAUUUUGAAAUUUUUAUGCAUUUUUCUUUACACCUCUGAUCAUAUUUUAUACUUUCAUGACAAAACAUUCCUCUAUAAAAAAAUAAGUGUCCUAAUUAUUGUGUUAACAGAAUGUAUUAUAUUUUGUCUUAUUAAUAAAGGAACUAUGUUUUUUA